CUAAAAAGCUCGUAGAGGCAGAAGAGGGGGGAGUUUUUCGGUGGUUGUUCGCGCUGUGAGUAUCGUUGGUCCUGACGGUCGCCUCGGAAGAGCCAACGAGGGGGCGAGAGCGGCAGGCGUCGUUUCUGAUGGAGAGUUUCCACCCCAGCAAGCUGGAGAAACACCACCACCAACCCGUGGAGUUUUUGCAAGGCGGCAGCAGGUACAGCGCAAAGAGCCACAGCGCCUGCGGAAACGCGUUUAACUCGUGGAAUGAUUACCUAGGGCUGGCCACUCUGAUCACCAAGGCUGUGAGCCAGGAGAAGGGCUUCAGGACCGGGCCCUCCUCCAUGGUGGUGGCGGCGACCAUGCAGCAAGUUCAGGCGGCCGAGGAAGGGGAGGAAGAGGAGGAAGAUGAAGAGGAGGAGGAGGAGGAGGAGGAGGAAGAUGUGGGGGCCCCUUAUUUUGAGAACUCUCUGGAUUUGCACGACUUCGAAUUGUGCGGCCAUCAUCAUCACCACCACCACCACCUAAACCCUGGCGAAAGUCUGUUGGAGGAGCGCUUUGCCGAUUUCAGCCCGUUCCCUGGCCGAUCCAGCCCGGCGUCAGUUGUGUUCAACUGCUCCCCUGAUCACUUAGAAAGGGAUCGUUCGCCCCACGCUUGGGGCGGCCGAUUGGUGGUCGACAGUCGUCUGCAGGCUGCCCAGAAAAACGGCUCGAGGCUGCUCAAGCCGGAAUUGCAAGUCUGUGUCUUCUGCAGGAAUAAUAAAGAAGCCGUGGCGCUCUACACCACUCACAUCCUCAAGGGACCCGACGGCAGGGUCUUGUGCCCGGUGCUGCGGAGAUACACGUGCCCGCUGUGCGGGGCGAGCGGAGACAACGCGCACACGAUCAAGUACUGCCCCUUGUCUAAAAUGCACGGUAGCGCCCCCAAACAGCCGCUCAAAAGCGCCCGGUACAUCCUCGGCAAGAAGCUCCGCUAGGAGGCGUUGCUCAAGUGUUUGGCGAGACUGCUGGCAACAUUGGAUCAAAAACACAAACCAGUCUCUUUCCCCCCCCCCUUUCUUUUUGCUGCGCGUGUGUGCCCUCUACAGGACAAAAAUCAUUCUUCGGAUUUUUUAAAAAAUAAUUAUCUUCAAUCGAAUGUUUCUUCUUAAUAUAUUUAAAUAUGGAGACGGUAGAAUGUACAGAGAAAUGUUCUUAAUCUAUGUAUCAAAUAAUCAAUUAUAGUUUCUAGUUUGUAUACGUAGUAGCCGCCGGGGACCCUGGCCUAUGAAUUAACACUAAGAAUUAUAACAUACCGUUUAGAGGUACUGUAUUUGUUUAUUGUAAGAGAUAUCUAAUUUUUAAAUAGGGUUAAGGGUAUCAUUUAGGAGUGUGCUCCAGCUGAAGUAGCUUUCAUUAAUAUUCUUGGCUGGGAAGGAGCACUCUUUUUAAAACAAACGAACUUUUAACAGAGCUUCAGAGGAGCUAACGUACGUGACCCAAAGAAAGAUUUUUUUUUGAGGUGCAUUUAAACUGGUGGGUCCUACCUUGGUUAAGAAUUAAGGCUAAACUGGCACUGAUUCUUCGUGUUGGGCUGUCAUUUGAUUCUAUUGGUGUCUUCACUUGUCUUACAAGCAAUAUUUGGUUGUAAAAGUUGGAACCAGAGGUUACAGGUUGUGUAUUUGAGAGAUUUCUUGUGGUGUAGAAUCACUCUUCGUGUGUUAAUCUUUCUUCUUACUCAACUUCGUACUUUCAGUGCAUGUUUUUUGGUUGCCAUUCUAAAAAUGGAUGCAUAAUCCACCACCCUUCCUUCUUGCCUUUUCUUUAAAUGCCAUUUAUCUCCCUGUAGCCCAGCUGGGCUGACUUGGUUGAUUUUUAUAAAGUGGAAGUUGCAGA